GAAGUUGUCGUCAGUUAACCUACAACACAACUGCAACAUAGUUUGUGUUUACGGAUUUCAGUUUCCUCAUCUGAAACUUGUACUGUGCUUGUAUUAAUAAUUAUACAUUGAUUUUAUUGUAAAGCUGAAGAAUAUAUAAACAAAAAGUAACGAAAAAUUAAUGUCACAAAGUUAAGUGUGCGUAGAGCAAGGCCAGUGAAAUAAUGAAAAAUAGUGAAUUUAUCGCUCUUUAGCGAUGUGUGAAUUGAUUAAAUUGUUUUGACGGUGGCUUUCUGUAAUUCAUGGUGUUUUCAAUAAAAUUAGUGUCGUUUGUUAAACAUAAUUCGAAUCAUAGGGUCCAUAAACGAGCAGACGGAUUCUAUCAUGGUCGUAAAACGUUCUGCGGACAGUGCGGACUCACCGAUACUAGAGGAGGCUGGGGAGAGCGGCUCCGAACAGAAGCCGAAACCUCUCGUUAAAUACGGGGAGCUGGUUAUACUAGGGUACAAUGGUUUCCUACCCGCCGGAGAACGAGGCCGGCGUCGUAGCAAAUUCGUGCUAUAUAGGAGACCACAGGCUAAUGGAGUCCGUAGAUCAAAGCACUACGUGGUGAAGACUCCUCACAGCAGCAAGGCUAUCCUGGACGCUAACCAGCACUCCAUAUCCUACACCCUCAGUAGGAACCAAGCCGUCAUCGUAGAGUACACAGAGGAUCCAGACACAGAUAUGUUUCAAAUCGGUAGAUCAUCAGAGUCUCCGAUAGACUUCGUGGUGAUGGACACAGUAGCUGGUGACAAGACUGGUGAUACCAAAGUGUUACAGAGCACCAUCUCGCGUUUCGCCUGCCGCAUACUGUCCGAUAGAAAUGACGUCAACAACUGCCGCAUAUACGCCGCUGGCUUCGAUUCUUCUAGGAAUAUAUUUCUUGGUGAGAAGGCCACUAAAUGGACGGAGAAUCACGAGAUAGACGGUCUGACUACCAACGGCGUCCUAAUCAUGCACCCUCGUGGUGACUUCUGCGGAGGCAGCGCCACCUGUGGCCCGUGGCGCGAAACCUCCGUCGGUGGAGCUGUGUUCUCGCUGAGAGAGAGCCGCUCCGCUCAACAGAAGGGUUUGCCGUGUCAGGCUGAGACGAACGUUCUCAGAGAUGGGACCAUGAUCGACCUGUGUGGAGCAACGCUGCUGUGGAGGAGUGCUGAGGGUUUAAAGAAUUCACCCACAAAGCGUGACCUUGAAGCGCUAGUAGACGAGCUGAACGCCGGCCGCCCGCAGUGUCCCGUAGGUCUCAACACGCUGGUCAUACCGCGCAAGCUCUCCUCAGCGCACCAGGACUUAAACCAGCCUUACGUGUACCUCAACUGUGGACAUGUUCAAGGUGAACAUUCAUGGGGCGCGGAAGGCAGUGAGACGGGCGUCCGGCGUUGUCCCAUGUGUCUAACGGCAGGGCCUGUGGUUCGCGUCUGUAUGGGAAUAGAACCAGCCUUCUACGUAGACUCCGGACCUCCCACGUACGCCUUCAACCCCUGCGGACACAUGGCUUCAGAGAGAACAGUCAAAUACUGGGCAACAGUGGACAUCCCCCACGGUACGAACGGCUUCCACGCCAUCUGUCCGUUCUGCGCGGCUCCCCUGCAGGGCUCGCCGGGCUACGUGCGGCUCAUCUUUCAGGAUAACCUCGACUGAAUCUCGUCAUCACCGCCUCUAUCCUUAUAUAUGCAGAUUAUUCCUCGACCGUAUAUACGUUGGCGACGCAGAGGACCAUGUUAGCGCGUUCAUAUUCACUUAUGUUCAGCCUGCUUCGACUCGGACGCGAAUGGUUCAUACAAUUAAUGCACCGAAAUUAUAAAAAUACAGUUUAUAAAAUACCAAACCAAUGUGAUACAAGCUGUGAACUUUAUAAAUAACCACUGGUUUUUGCACACCAAAUAUUAAAAAAAAAAAAAAAAUUGUAUGGAAUCGUUCGGUACCCAGCACCCGCUACACUGAUUGAUGUUAUAUUAUAAUAAUUUAACUGAAACGCAAUAAAAGCCUACUAUAUAUAUUUAUAGAAGUCUCGUUUGCAUUGCGCGGUAUGUCUAUGACGUCUAUAGGCUGACGUCUACUUUUAUCGUUGGUUGUUAAGGAUUCAAUGUAGAUACGGUAGUCUGUAUGUAAGGAUAUACAUGUUUUAAUUGAAUUUAAAUUAAUUAUUUAUUAUUAUGAAAAAAAAAAAACAAAAUUGAGACCUGUCUGAGUGUUGUUUAUGGUCAAUUCAACAGAGUGAUUACAAUGAAAUAGUUCAAUUUAUUAAUUCGUUUAUUUCAACCACAGACUAACAGAUCCUCAGACAGGUCAGGCGGUUUGUAACCGAGAGCUAUUUUGAUGAUAAAAUAGACUGAUAUAUAUUUAUUGGUUCACAUGAUUGAUGCAGAAUAUAUAAAAAAAAAAAAUACAUAAACAAUGACAAUGCAUUGGAUGUAACGUGUUUAAUGUAAAUGAUAUUGGUCUAGUUUUCUAAGGUGUGUAGGAAAUAGGGCGGAUAUAUGAAGUGCCGUGUGAAUUCUAACACACGUUCCGUUCAUGCGGUUGAUGAAGUCAACGGACGCGUCGUCUCCUGAGUGAUAUAAUAAUUUUAAUCAAUACAAUAUUCAGUGACGUGAUUGUAUCGAUAAUGAAACAAAAGAAAUAUUUUUUAUCGAAUCGAUUAUAUUGAGAUGUAAAUAUUGGUAUGAUUAUUGUUACGUGUGCUUUAUAUGAAGUUAGUGAGUUAGUUUAAGUUCCCCGAACUAUAUUCAGUCAGUCAGUUGAAAUGCUUUUCUCAUCGGUGACUCGGAACGUCGCGUUUAACAUGCGACGCGUACCACAGCGGCGUGUAUUUUAUACGUUAAAAAGUUUAAACAUUUGUUGUAUAGCGUCCGAUCUCACAGCAGUUCGUGCAAUGUACUCAGUUCGUGUUGUAUAAAAAAAUAUAUAUAUUAUAUAUAAAGUAAGUUUUAUAGACAUAGAAGUAGCCGUUUGGGGAUAUUUAGUUUUUGUACUAAUAAAAAUUAAACCACUAGUUGUUGUAACACUACGCUAUUGCCUCGGAUUGUAAACGCCAGUAUUCGCUGAGAUCGUGAAUCAAACAUGAAUACUUUGAUUGUAUUUCAGAUGAUUUUAUUGAUAGUUAAUAGAUUUGGAAACAGCUGUUUUUUUUUCUCUCUCAUUAAUAUUCUCAUCAGGGUGUAUAUACAUUGCGAUGGUUCAGCGUCUAAAUAUUUUAAUAUCGUCAUGCACUUUAAGUUGAUAUGUUUUUUAAAUAGUGCCGUUCAAUAAAUAAAAUAGCGAAUGAAAUGUUAAAGUCAUAUUCCGUUGUUACAUUUUAAACGAUUCUUAAUUCGGGAAUCGAGUAGCUUCUAAUAAAAUUAUAUUUAUGCUUAGAUUUGUUACUUCCGUUGCGUUCGGCUCGUGUUUCGAUUUAAUUAUUUUUAGAUGUUGCGGCUUCAGAGGGUCUAGUUAUGAUUUGAACAUGCUGUAUGUAUUAGAUUGUUUGAAGUCGUUUGAGUUCAGCUGCGGUUAGUCGUGGUCCGUGGAUGUUCACUACUAAUCGUCGUAUUGUCCGCUAUCAGGAUGAUAAGGUAAUUAGUCGGAACAGAUGCAUCAUUCUGACUUUAGUGUUAAUAAGAACUGAAAAGCUAGCCUUAAUUUAAUUUAUAAUAAGUGCUAGGUUAUUAAAAAUGCUCUUUUGAGUUAGAAAUUUGA